UGCUCACCACUUAGCCACUCUCUCAUGAAAGAACCAGGAAAAAGUAUGGUUCCCUGAUCAAUUGAUGGCAUCACCUAUUUAAUUGUUGCAAAUCCCUUUGGAUUUGAAGACCCUUUAAAUUGGACUUGUCAGAGAGCUGCUGCCGACAACUAUUGAAGACAAAGGUUGAGGAGCAGCUUCAUUAAGGGCACCAAUAACCUUCUUAGGCAAUCUAAACAUUACCACCAAAACAGAGGGUGGGGUAUGCUCUUUCAAAGGAAAUGUUUCCACCUCUUAAAUAGACAUUCUUGAGAAAAACCUUCAAGCACAAUGUCUUGACAGACUCAGAAAUAAUUCCCACUUAAUUCCACAAUAAAACACCCCGAUGGAAUUGCAUCAUUGUAGUUAAAUUUCACUCUCCCUUCUUGUGGAGGUCCCUAGGCAAGCCCAACGCAAUCUUCCAUUAGGAUGAGGAUCGAUCCAUGGCUGGAGAAAUAAUUAGAAAAAUCAUUGCUUUUACUAUUUUACCCUUAUUGAUCAAUAUUGCACGUGUUUUUUAUUUAAUAGAUGGAUAAGUUUUAUUUCAUUGGUCAGAAAAGAAUCUUAGAUUUGGUAGUAGAUACAGUUGUCAGAAUCAUUAGUAGUUUACAAAGGUCAUACGGAAAUCAGCAGGGUAAAUGAUAGUCUCCACAUCUUCAGUAGGUACCGCUUGUUAAUUUAGCUCCCUCCAAACAUGAUGAAACAACAAUAAUCUCAACCUUAAUCCCAAUUUAAUGGGGUCGGCGCUCCUUCAAUGUUGCACGGUCAAUGGACUAUUCAAUGUUCUCAUUAAUAUGGCCAGUUUGGGAUUUGGAUCAUUGGAAAAGAUAAAUAGAGUUGCAUCUGCAACUGUCGGAGUAGAGGAAUCAUUUGGAGAAGUACUUAACUUCAUAAAUCAACUUACAGGGUGACAGAACCCAAAACCAUAUUAAUCCACAUUAAAUAUUUUUCAUAACUGAUAUGAGAUCAAUCCCCAACUGAUAUGGGAUUGUAACAAGGUUUAGCUGUUCUCAUAGAUGACGCAAUAAAUGCUGUAGUGCACAUUGUUCCUAUGAAAUUGUGUUAUCAUUUGCAAGUAGAACAGAAUACAGUUUCAUUGCAAUUUCUUUCUGGAAGCAUUAGUGAUGGAGUGACUACUAAUGCUUCCAUUGGACUCAGAAGUAAAAAAUCUUCCACUUAAAAGACCUUAAAAUCCAAAGUGCAUUUUCCAUCUUUUUUAUUAGGCACCUCUACUGGCAUUGUUUUCCAGAUGAUUAUGAAGAAAUUUCAACAAAAAAUGAGUGGCUUAGAUCAGAACAAGUGGCCUUUGAACGAUUGAACAGAAGUUAGUUACAACAAGACCCAAACACAGUACAUUAGUCGUUACCCCUCUCCACGCAGGGGAGCGGGUCCAGAGGGAUGGAAAGCAACCAAGUCUCUUUAUCUCCUUCCCCUUACUAAGCCUAUUUUCAUGCCUUCUCUACCCACUUAUCUUAGCCUUUACUAAAAUAUCAACAAGCCCAACAAAAUCAUAUAUACCCACAAAGAAACAAAAGAAACAGAGAAAAAAAAGUAAUGGGAGAUGAGAUACAUGGAAAUGGGACCAAUCUAACAAAUAAAGGAAGCCCAGAUAGUCCAUGUUCUAAGAGUGGAUCCAUCAUCAACAAUACUACCAGCAGCAGCAACAGCAGCAACAACAACAAUAACAAUAACAACAACACCGUCAUCAACAACAACAACAAUAAUAGAGCAAGAUCGGUUUUCGCGAAUAACGAAUGUCGUCCAGAUCAUGAUCGAUUUUUGCCAAUAGCAAAUGUCGGUCGGAUCAUGAAAAAGGUCAUUCCAGGCAAUGGCAAGGUGUCUAAGGAUGCGAAAGAAUCCGUUCAAGAAUGUGUCUCGGAAUUCAUUAGCUUUGUUACUGGCGAAGCUUCAGAUAAAUGCCGGAGGGAGAAAAGGAAGACGAUUAAUGGAGACGACAUCAUAUGGGCGAUAACGACACUUGGUUUUGAGAAUUAUGUGAGCCCACUGAAGCUGUACCUCCUCAAGUACAGGGAGAUGGAAGGGGAGAAGCUCAAUAUUCCUAAGCAACAGCAGGAACCACAAAAUGUGCCUCUUGAUCAUAGUGUUAAUUCUGCUUUAACACAUCACACUUCUCAGCAACCUCCCUUAGUAUAUACGAAUCAGCCCUUUUCAAUGCCUUUCUCUCCAAAUCCAAUUCACCACCAACUACAUCAACAGGACCAAAAUGAUUCACUUGGGCAAUGGUAAGAAAAUGGGCCCUUGGACAAAAAGAAGGGGAUCCUUAUUUACUUUUCUACCAUAUAAUUUACAUUAUUUUAUUUUAUUUUAUUUUUUGUAUGUACAAUAAAAUUUUCUUAGGAUCUCCGGGAAGGGUUUUAGGAAAUAUAUAUAUAUAUAUAUAUGCAUAAUUUUCAAAAAAAAAAAAAAAAAUCAUGUAUAUGGAAGCCUUUGCUUAGCCUUAAAAUGAAGCUUACUUAGGCUCUUCAGAAAGGGGGAGAAUUUAAGAGGGGAAAAGGAAAACAUUAACAUUAGUUCUUUUUUUUUUUUUCUUUUGUCACAUGGCAAGGCAGGGUGACAAUUUCUACCUUAUGGGUAUCUUAACAAUAGUCUAUAUUAGCUACAUGUAUUCAAGUUUUAGACUCGGAUCAUUCAUGUACCUUCUCAUGUAUUUGAUAUGGAUUCUCUUGUAUUUUAGCCAUCAUAUGUUUUUAAUAAAGUUUCAUUCUUUUGAUUUCCAAAGUUUCAUUUUUUUCACUUGGCCAACUUUGUUUUGUUUGGAACUCUUUUUUUAGGUAGAGGGGAAGUAGUUAACAGUCAGGAGGCUCAAACUUACUCGAACUCGAGACCUCCUGGUGAGCAAGCACUUUUUGUGCACCACGGCUCAUCAACUGCGCUAAGCAAUUGUUUUUUGUUUUGGAUUGCUCUAGAUUCCGAACAAGGGGCUUGUCCUAUGGAGCUCCUGCCAAGUUUCACUAGAUAUUUCUGUUUAAUUUUUUGGAGGGCUCAGGUUGGUAACUCAAAGGAUGACAAGAAGAUGAAUGUUCAAGCUUUCGUCCAGCCCAAACAGAGGAUCUUUGACAGAAAACAGCUAGAAAUAUUGAGAUGGAUGAGCUGAAAACCUUGGCCUCAACUCAACUGAUGAUGGUGAAAAGAAAAACUGUAAUAUUAAAGGACAUUAUUGUGUGAAGAAGAUCAAUGAUGACACCAGUAAGAGAGUGAUUUGAGACCUUGAAAAGAGAAUGGGAAAGCCAUUACUUUAAAUUUGCAGGACAAGAACCUAGUCUGACUUGGAUCCAUGAUCUAAGAUCCAUCAGUGCCAAAAAUUCAAAUGGGUUUGACCCAUUAGCCAAGAGUUGUGAUGAAUUGUGAUCACCAGAUAACCAUAGUCUCCAGAUAAUCAUAUACUUGAUAUAGAGUCUCCAAUAGAGAAAAAUCCAGGAAAUUAGCCUUUAGACAGACAGGAGACAGCUUCCACCUAAACUGCCAUGAAAAUAAGUGCUCUGGGAGCUGUGGUCCCAAUUAGGAAGAAAUGCACAGUGCACCAACCAGCUCACCCUGUCUCAAGACACCAACACAAAGAUAAUAUUUCCUUCUCCGACAUACUUCCACUUCUGAAGUUAAAAAUUGAUUAAUAGGAUCUCAUUUCACUGACAUAAUUGAUAAACAUAAUCUCUUCUUGUGCAGUAAACUUUCUUUGUUGGCAAAACUGUAUACAUAAUUGUAAAGAUUCUUCUCUUGGACUAAUUUUUUUUAGCUUUUUCUUAGGGGCUUGUCUACCUUUCUCACAUUUCUAAAAAUGAUCCUCAAAGCCUUCUCCUCUUGUUUUAAUGAUUGAUACUUGGGAAUAAAGGGGCUUGAGUUUGAAUGAGUUUAUCCAACCAUGGAAAGAAGGUACUCUGAAAAAUAUUUUUUUCUUUUGGAGGAGUGGGGAUGGUUUGAUUAAAGCCACAUUGGGUUUAGUUAAGUGGUUACUGCAUUCUUUGUCUAGGAAAUCUUUUAGGAUGAUCCCAUCGGACGGCGAGCCUAAACAUUUUAGUUGCAGGAUUGUAGUAACGAUGUAGGGGUUCGAUAUCUCGUAAACAAAACCAGCAUGCUUGAUUAAUGAAAUCUUCAAGGAAUGGUAUCAUAAUAGUGGUAUCACUGACUAGAGUUUACAUGAACACUUUACCAAGUUUCUGAAAUCGAAUCUUCAGGUCAUCCAGUAUCAGUAGAAGAAAAAAUGGAUUUCUUAACAGACUUCAGAAAGUAAACAAGCUUAUUGGUGGCCACUGGAAUAAGAAAAUCUAUUAAUUAAACUGAUUCACAUGAACUUACUUCUAUACUACUAAUACAUAAUGAAGUGCAACAGCAUGAGUGAGAUUUUUUUUACAUUAAUCAAAUAGCCCUUGUCUGCCAUUGAGACAUCUUUCCUCAGCCAGAUUAGUUGGCAGCCUUCAUACAGUAAUCAACAUGUUUGUUUGCCUCAAACCCUUUAAGGGUUUUCUAAAGCUACCUUGGAAAGUUAAAGUAGGGUUGUGGCUAGUCUUUGGUGUACAGAGAGAUGUCAGGGUUGUGGCACAAAAUUUUGUUAUUGAGUCUUCUCACCUUCAUUGUUCUCUCAGAAGCAUCAAGGUUGCCUAAGGUUUUCUGGGCACAGAUGUUGCCCAAGCAUGUUCCUUCUCCUCCAUCAUCUCCCUCUAAAGGCACCAAUUCUGUUUCUACAUCAUCUUCAACAACCAUGAAAGAUGAGAAGCAACUUCACCUCCCUUUGAAGGAUGGAAAAGUUUAGAGGGCUUCUGAUGAGUAACUUUGAAGAUACAAUUUGUAGAGGAAUCGAUCUGCUUCAGAGCUUCAUCAGUACCAGACUACCAGUUAGGAUACCUGAUGAAGAAAAGAUGAUUGACUUGGCCUAUGGAAACCAAUUCUUGUAAGUUGUAACAUAAUGGAAAAGCCAUGCCUACUGUAGUUCUAACAUGUUUAUCAAUAUUAAUAUGUGAAUGGAUGAUCAGAAAUGGUUCAUCUUUUUCUGAAGCAUCAAAAGUUUUGAAAUUGGAUGAUUAACCUACUGUUCUGUACUCUUCUGUUGGAUUAGUAGGUAGAGAAACUAAUGCCAUUUUCUUUAUUUUCUGGUGAAUUUAUUCUGUAAAUUGGAAUAGGGACAUUUGUCUAAAAGAGUAUUUGUAAGUAAAUGAUGAAUAUGGAUGAAUACAUUAUCCAAGUUUUAUUUACCAAA